AUGCAACAACCUCCUGGGUUUGUUGAUCCUCGUUUUCCGACUCAUGUGUGUCGUUUGAACAAAGCCCUCUACGGCCUCAAACAAGCGCCUCGUGCUUGGUUUCAGCGCUUGAGCUCGUUUCUCACGAGCAAUGGUUUUAUGUGCAGUCGGGCUGAUCCAUCCUUGUUCUUCUUCUAUAAAGGACGUAUCACUCUCUAUCUUCUUGUGUAUGUGGAUGACAUCAUUCUUACUGGUAGUGAUACCUCUCUUUUGACUCAGUUUAUUGCCCGUCUCAAUGCUGAGUUCGCCAUUAAAUAUUUGGGUAAGCUUGGCUACUUCCUUGGUCUUGAGAUCACUUAUACUGCUGAUGGCUUGUUCUUGGGACAGGCUAAAUAUGCUCAUGAUUUACUUUCCCGUGCUAUGAUGCUUGAGGCCAGUCAUGUUUCGACACCCUUGGCUGCUGGUUCUCAUCUUGUCAGCUCUGGUGAUGCUUACUCAGAUCCUACGCACUACCGCUCUUUGGUUGGGGCCUUGCAGUAUUUGACCAUUACUCGUCCUGACUUAUCAUAUGCUGUUAAUACUGUGAGUCAGUUCCUACAGGCUCCGACUGUGGAUCAUUUUCAGGCUGUCAAACGAAUUCUUCGUUAUGUCUGUGGCACACAACAUUUCGGUCUUACUUUUCGUCGUACCUCUUCCCCCGCUAUUAUUGGUUAUAGUGAUGCUGAUUGGGCUCGAUGCACGGACACUCGCCGCUCUACUUAUGGCUACGCCAUUUUUCUUGGUGAUAAUCUGUUGUCUUGGAGUGCCAAGAAACAGCCUACUGUUGCUCGCUCUAGUUGUGAAUCUGAGUAUCGAGCUAUGGCUAAUACUGCUUCUGAGCUAGUUUGGUUGCUUAAUCUUCUUCAUGAGCUUCGUGUUAGGUUAUCGACGACUCCUCUUCUUCUCAGUGACAACCAAAGCGCUUUGUUUAUGGCUCAGAAUCCUGUUGCUCAUAAGCAUGCCAAACACAUUGACUUGGACUGUCACUUUGUUCGUGAGCUGGUUGCUUCUGGUCGAUUAGAUGUUCGCCAUGUGCCUACUUCUCUCCAGCUUGCUGAUAUUUUCACUAAGGCGUUGCCUCGUCCAUUGUUUGAACUUUUUAGAUCCAAGCUUCGAGUUGGUCUCAAUCCAACGCUAAGCUUGAGGGGGAGUGUUAGAGAUAACUAG